GCGUGUCAUCGGGUUCCCGUCCCGGUCCCGUCUGGCUGAACAACAACAACACGUUCUCUGUCCUCGAGCUGUCAUGUUCCCGCCCCGCCCCGUGUCUCAGCUGCGCGCGCCGGGUCCAGAUCCUAUAAAAGCCAGUGGUCAGUCUGCUUUGAUUUAGAAACAGCAGCAGAGUUGUGACCAUAGGGGUCAUCACAGAUAUUUUAUCCCCAAAUGGGACACUGUAACAACUAGCACCUCUUCUUACUUCAAGCCAUCCGAACCUUACAACCGCACCAGGUGCCAACUACAGCAUCCUCAUCUUACAGGUUACCAUUUUCCAUCUUUGAGCGGUUUUCCACCUAAGGUCGGAGAAAAUGGCAGCAAUUCCAUCAAGUGGUUCCCUCAUCGCCACCCAUGAUUACUACAGAAGGCGCAUUGGGUCUACCUCCAGUAACAGCUCCUGUGGCAGUGCUGAGUACUCAGGAGAGGUCAUUCCACACCCUCCAGGACUUUCAAGGCAAGAUUCUGGACACUGGUGGACCUCAUUUUUCUUUGCAAAACCGAACCAGCCCGGCAUGCAGAACGGAUCUGAAAAUCAAAAAAACAGAACCUACACAGUGGCCGACGGUCAGGUGACCUGCAUCGCCAGGGAAAUGGUUCUGAACAGACAAGUCAGCGAAAGCAGUGAAAAUGGAAAGUUUGAACCAUCGACCCCUCUGCCAACUCCCUCUUCCUCCUAACCUUCGUCCCCCACGCCUAUCCCCCCCCCCCCCCCCCCCCCCCCUCGCACUUCCCUCAUUCUCAACUUGCCGUCAUCAGUCCAGCGCUGAAGAUGGAGAUGAUGAGGAUGAUGAUUUUUUUUACCUUUAGCAAAUGAAGUUUGUUUUCCCUUUAUUGCUUAUGUAUAGUUUA